UUAUUAUGCAGCGAUGGUGGAGAAGAAAAUAGCAGUGCGAUCCCAGGACCCAGGCCAGCGGCGCGUUUUGGACUGCGCUACGCGCCAGCGACGCUUAACCAGACAGCUAGAGGCACUUGAAAAGGACAAUUUCCAGGAUGAUCCUCAUGCCAGCCUACCCCAGCUGGCCAAGAGGCUCCCUCAGUUUGAUGACAGCAAUGAGUCUGGCAAGAAGAGGAAGAAGACAAGAGGAGAUCAUUUCAAAUUGAGAUUUCGGAAGAACUUCCAGGCUCUACUGGAGGAAGAGGAACUAAGUGGGAAUGAGGGACCUAACUACCUGACUGCUUGUGCCGAGCCCUCCAAACUGCCGCAGCGCCACUUCUGUGCCGUGUGUGGCUUCCCGUCUCCCUACACCUGCAUUUCCUGUGGGGCACGCUACUGCUGUGUCCGCUGCCUGGGCACACAUCAUGAAACCAGGUGUCUGAAGUGGACUGUGUGAUGCUCUCAGUUGGUACGUGUGAAUGGCUGCCUCAUUUUAUUGCUUGAUCAUAUGUCGUCCUGUCAUCAACUGAAGGACAGGUUUCUUUUUGUGCAGCAUCAGAGUAUCUGAAUGAGCUGUAUGACUCCCGUCCAGUCAGUCUGUAUGAGCUAUAUGACUCUCAUCCAGUGAGUCUCAAUGAGUUGUUUGACUCCCAGUCAGUCUGAAUGAGCAAUAUGACUCCCGUCCAGUCAGUCUGAAUGAUCUGUAUGACUCCCAUCCUGUCCGUCUGAUUGAGCUGUAUGACUCCCGUCCAGUCAGCCUGUAUGAGCUAUAUGACUCUCAUCCAGUGAGUCUGAAUGAGUUGGUUGACUCCCAGUCAGUCUGAAUGAGCAAUAUGACUCCCGUCCAGUCAGUCUGAAUUUUUUAUUUUAUUUUUUAUUUUACCUUUAUUUAACUAGGCAAGUCAGUUAAGAACAAAUUCUUAUUUUCAAUGACCACCUAGGAACAGUGGGUUAACUGCCUGUUCAGGGGCAUUAUGAAUGAGCUGUAUGACUCCCAUCCUGUCUGUCUGAAUGAGCUGUAUGACUCCCAUCCUGUCCGUCUGAAUGAACUAUAUCACUCUCGUCCAGUAUGUCUGAAUGAGCCAUAUGACACCCAUCCAGUCAGUCUGAAUGAGCUGUAUGACUCCCUUCCAUAGCACCAGACAGUGACUGAAUGGGGAAAGUGCUGUUGCUAUCGCAGCAGGCAUGUGGUGAUCUAAUGGGAGCCCCUGCAUGAGAUAGCGAUAACUCAGAAAGUGAAUGGUGUUCACUCCAUAGUGUGAGUCUGCGCUUUAGCCUAGGCCUGAAUUUGACAAUCAUAUACUGAACAAAAAUCUAAACGCAACAUGCAACAAUUUCAACCAUUUUACUGAGUUAAAGUUCAUAAAAGGAAAUCAGUCAAUUGAAAUCAGGUAAUUAGGCCCUAAUCUAUGGAUUUUACAUAACUGUGUAGGGCACAGCCAUCGGUGAGCCUGGGAGGACGUAGGCACACCCACUUGGGAGCCAGGCCCUGCCAAUCAGAAUGAGUUUUUCCUCACAAAAGGACAUUAUUACAGACAGAAAUACUCCUCAGUUUCAU